UUUAUUGAUACUGUAUUUGAAGAUUAGAAUAAGGUUAGGAGGUGACGUCAAGUAGAAAUACUAUGGUUUGACAGUGAAUUCAAGUAUCUAGAUGAGUUGCUUUGCUCAUAUCCGGUCAAGUCUGAUGGUUAUACUUAUACUUAUUGUAUUUGUAUGUAGACCCGUCCACCACCAACAUCCUAUUUCUUUGUGUUAUGAUCCCUUCUUCUAUUCCUUGCUGCUAAUAAUAAAAGUCAAUCAAUAAAAGUAUGAAGAAUGAUAAUAAGCAGCAUGAUCAGCACGAGCAAGAACGUCGUUCCCCUGCAGCAGCAGUAGCAGCAUAUGUGAGGUUGUUUUUGAGUGCACAACAACUCCAUCUAUUCAACUUGUUUUCCCAUCUUCUUCUCUUGGCCUUUGGAUUCAUCAUAGGGAUCACACUCGCUUUCUCUCUCAACGGGCAGCAGCUCCUUCUCCCUUCUAAUAACAAUAAUCCUGUUUUUGUCAAUAACAAUAGUCAAAGCGGGAUCAAGAGAGAUGGGUUGGGGAGUUUCUUGAUGGCAGGAAAGGAGGCAAUAAUGCAUGACAUGAGCGACGAUGAGUUGUUGUGGAGAGCUUCCAUGGUUCCCAAGAUUCGGGAAGUGCCACUCAGAAUCAAGCCUAAGGUAGCGUUCAUGUUCUUGACGAAAGGACCUCUGUAUUUGGGUCCACUGUGGGAGAGAUUCUUCAAAGGAAACGAAGGCUUCUAUUCAAUCUACAUCCACUCCCAUCCUUCUUUCAAUGCUUCUUCAGUCCCCAAAACCUCCGUUUUUUAUGGCCGCAGAAUUCCAAGCAAGGGGGUAAGGUGGGGUGACUUCAACAUGGUAGAUGCAGAGAGGCGUCUACUAGCAAAUGCGCUGCUGGACAUGUCGAACCAACGGUUCGUUCUUGUAUCGGAGUCAUGCAUCCCUCUCUUCAACUUCUCAACCGUUUAUGGGUAUCUUAUGAACUCAUCCAAGACAUUUGUGGAAGCCUACGAUCUUGCGGGGCCCGUGGGGAGGGGCAGGUACUCCCAAAGGAUGAGGCCACUGAUCAAGCCGUCUCAGUGGAGAAAGGGGUCCCAGUGGUUCCAGAUAGACCGUGCCCUGGCACUGGAAGUGGUCUCGGACCGCCAGUACUACCCGGUGUUCAAGAAGCACUGCAGGUACGGCGGCUGCAUUGCCGACGAGCACUACUUGCCCACUCUUGUUAGCAUCAAGUUCUGGAGGAGGAAUGCCAACAGGACUUUGACUUGGGUUGAUUGGUCAAAGGGCGGGUCCCAUCCAUCCAGGUACAUGAGAAGCGAUGUCACUGUUUCGUUCUUGAAGAGACUAAGGCAUGCAACCAGAUGCCGCUACAAUGGCAAGACCACCAAUGUUUGCCACUUGUUUGCAAGGAAGUUCAUGCCUCACUCUCUCGAUAGAUUGCUAAGGUUUGCUCCCCGCUUAAUGCACUUCCAUUCUUCUUGAUCCUUUUUUAUUUGUAAUUCAUUAUCAUUGUAACAUGUUAUUACGGAGAAAGCGCCUCAUAGUUUCACUUCUGUUUCCUUUCAUAUAUAUAAAUAUAACAAGUUAAGAACCAUCACUGUCAGUUUUGUACUA